AUCCUACAUUGCCUUCUUUCAUUGCCGACGCCCUCACCCUACAAAGCAAUGGCACCUAACCCUCAGUGCGCUGCUCUGGCUGCUGCUAAGGACAGGAAGGGACUUUCCUACCAGCAGAUCGCACAGCAGAUCGGCACUUCUGAGCACCACGUUAUUGACGUCUGCACGGGUACUGUUGUUCCCACUUCCGCCGAGUUCGAUGCUCUGGCAAGAGCUCUCGACAUCAAAGCCGCACCUCCUCAUGACAGUGCUCAUAAGACGAAGUAACUGGUGGUCUUCGGUCGGGCGUAUCAGAAAUUGUAUCAAUGCUUGUUUUUUUGUACCACUACGAAUCUCUCUGUUGAAUGUGCUUUGGGGCUGUAGUAUCAUGGAGCUGCGUCUUUUCUGCGGAUUUCGGAAUGGCCUGUCCAUUAAGAGUACUUAUCUGCUUGUUCUUGGCUAUUCGUCCUGUUCGUCUCCCGCCGUGUGGCUCAAUGAAGGUCUUCGGAAGACGCCUUGCUCUC